UUUAGAGAGAGACAGAGUAAUUAAGGGUUCCCUGUGUUAUGGGGUGUGUGUGACAUAUAUUAGAAGAAAACUGCCCCCCAACUAAAGACAAAGCCCUUCCUAUUAUUAAGGCUGAGUGUAACCCCAUCUCUACUUACUAUUCAAAAAGCAUCAUUUACUUUCUCUAGACCAAUGAAAUCUCUUUGCUAUGAGGUGUUUGAGUCACGCACUUCUGUUCCUCUUUCACACGCCAUAAAUAAACUUCCCUUCCAAAUUUUUUUUAUACUCUGCUGAGUAUGAUGACUGCACUGUCACCACAAACACCCAACCAGAUAUGACUUCUCUCUCUUUCAGAAUUUGCUCUAUUCUCCUACUUCUUCCAGCCCUGUCAGUACGAGCAGAACAUGUGAAGGGAUUAGUCGGGGGGAGAGUGACAUUACCCUGCACCUACUCUGUUACUGGAGUGGCCACCAGCAAGUGCUGGGGCCGAGGCCACUGCCCAAAAUCCAAAUGUCUAGAUGAGAUCCUCUUGACUGAUAGUGAUGGAAAGAAAGUUAUCUGGAACCAAACAGAGAGAUACAGAUUAUUGGGAAACAUAACACAGGGGGACGUGUCUCUGACCAUCUCCCAACUGACCCUCAGUGACUCAGGAACCUACUGCUGCCGGGUGGAGAUCCCUGGUUUGUUCAAUGACCUGAAGGUGGAAAUACAAGUCCGUGUAGCUGAAGGCAGCUUUGGAGAAGAUCAACCUUUGAAAGUGAGUAAUAAAACCGUGUUCAUCUGUAGACUCGUCCUUCUUCUGUGCUUCAUCCUCAUAUCACUGACAGCUCUGAUGCUCAGCUCAUUGAGUUCAAAUUGCAUACUGUAAGGAAUUCCCAGUAUUGACAGGAUCAGACUGGAUAACACAGCAAUGGCGGAAUAAAGACCAUCAGCCAUUCUAUUGUACCUGAGCAGAACAUCUGGGGUCUCAAGCAGAACCCUUAGGGAACAAGAGAAACCAAUGUGACUGAAAAUUCUCAGACGUGAUCCUUCAAUAUUUCUACUUUUCCACCUUAUGAGUUGGUCACACGGAUGUUUUUAGACUUGUCAUAUUCAUAAAAGUAACCCUCAUUACAUGGAGAAAUGAAAGAAGGAACCGAAGAGGUGACACUCAUGGAGCCAUUAACCCAUGCUCUGGGUUUUCUUUGUAUAGAUUCCUGCCAAUGGGAAUAUAUAGGUACUUGCACGAUGCUCAGGCCCAUCCUCUCUCCUUUAUAAUAUGUAUUUGCUCUUGUCCCCCUACCAACUUUUCUUUCAUUCAUUCUGGGUCUGCUUUUUGUCAUCAAUAAAUGUCUUGUUUUUGGAUAUAAA